GGCCAGAUCCCUCAGUCCCAGCUUCACCUACUGCCCAAGCUCCACAAUGUGUACCUUCUGAGUCGUCUGAUGGCUCAGCAGCAGGCAGCGAUGAAUCCUCCACCUCCCCCACAGCUUCAGUAUUCGGGGAAAGUGCAGAAGGAGGGACUAAUAGUGAUGAUGAGGUACCGGACAGUGGUGUGCCCCAGUCGGUACCACAGCCAGUGCAGGUGCCCCAGCCUAUCGAGGAUGCACUUAAGGAAAUUCUUGCCAACCAACAAAAGAUCCUCGAUUCUCAGGAUGCUUUGGCUAAGGCGUUGAGAGAGGAUGUUGACAAGCUAAAGGCAGACCAGAUGCCUUUAGACUUGCUAUUCGGGGAUCCAGCCCCGGCAGCAGCACCAGUGCCACAGCCACAGCAGGAGCAGGAGCAGGCACUCAGGCCUCCAAGGAAGAAGAGGAAGCUCCCCAGUUCAGUUGGUGCAGUUAUUGAGCUAGCAGACCCACAGGAGACCCCCUCCAGCGAUGCACCUAUCAUCCAGCCGAUCCAAGAGCAGGCCCCAGUCCCAGCAGCUGAGCAGCUAGAGAUCGGGAACCAGUAUGAGGUUUCCGUACAUACAGAGGACUUGGGGACCACUGAUGAUCCCAUGCAGACGAACCAGGCCUAG